AUGUCUGAAAAGAACUACAAUAUUCCAUAUCGCAGCAAAUUGACGGAGAAAAUCGAACCUGGUCAGACGUUGAUCAUUCGUGGAAAGACUUCUGAUGAUUCCAACAGAUUCAACAUAAAUCUCCAUAAGGAUAGUCCUGAUUUUUCCGGAAAUGACGUUCCAUUGCACAUUAGCGUUCGUUUCGAUGAGGGAAAGCUCGUCUUCAAUUCAUUCACCAAAGCUGCUUGGGGUAAGGAAGAGAGACAGAAGAAUCCUAUAAAGAAAGGAGAACCAUUUGAUAUUCGAAUCCGUGCUCAUGACAACAAAUUUGUCAUCUCAAUCAAUCGCAAGGAAGUCAAACAGUUCGAUCAUCGCAUUCCUCUUCAACAUGUAACUCAUCUUUCAAUUGAUGGAGAUGUUGUCCUGAAUCACGUUCAAUGGGGAGGAAAGUACUAUCCUAUCCCAUAUGAAUCUGGAAUUGCUGCUGAUGGUCUCAUUCCUGGCAAGACUCUCGUCGUCUAUGGAACGCCUGAGAAAAAGGGCAAGAGAUUCAACAUCAAUCUGCUGAAGAAGAAUGGUGACAUUGCUCUUCAUUUCAAUCCUCGUUUUGAUGAGAAAGGAAAUGGGCUAAUCUGUGGAAAAUUGAAGCCAGGAAAAGAUUUUUGUGACUCCUGUUGCUCUAACGAGUGCGUCAUUCGCAAUUCUUUGAUCAAUGGCGAAUGGGGUAAUGAGGAACGCGAGGGAAAGAAUCCGUUUGAGAAGAACGUCGGCUUCGAUUUGGAAAUCAAGAAUGAAGAAUUUGCUUUCCAGAUUUUCGUGAAUGGUGAACGAUUUGCUUCAUAUGCUCAUCGUACUGAUCCUCUCGAAAUUGCUGGACUUCAGAUCCAAGGAGAUCUUGAACUUACCGGAAUUCAGGUCGUUGGACACUGA